AUGAAUUUUACUGACAUUUUUUUCGUUACAGAAUUAACUGGCUGGCUUCGUUUAUUACCGAAUACAAAAUGUUUGUUUGUUAGUACAAAUGAAUUGAAUUAUUGGAUUACUAAUGGUCGUGACAAUGAAUAUCUUCAUGCUUUUCUUCAACGUAUUGAUCGACUACAUAUAGAAUGUUCGUCUAUUAUAAAUAAACAUUUGAAUGAAGAAGUGAUGAUUCCACUUCUUUCUUUCGUUAUUAAUAAACGUCAUUUUCCUCGAUUAGAAUGUCUACGUUUCAUUCAGUGUAAACAUAUCUUAUCAGCAUGGUGUAACAUUGACAAAUGGAUUGAUUUCAUUUUCACUCACUUGAAUGAACAUCAACUCAAAUAUCUACGUUUUAGUUUUAUCGAAAAGGAACAGGCAAUGACUGAUAUGCAGACGGGUGAUGAAACAAUUACAAUGACUGAUCCACCAUGCAUUGUUGAUAUUCAUCGACUUGUAUCAGAAAAUCGCAUCUCAUUUUGGAUUGAAAGAAAAUAUAAAUAA